UCGACACAAAGAAAAGUGCUCAAUUUAAAAUACCUUUUAUUUCCUCGCUGUUCGUGCCGGAGGCUACCUUUUAAAUAGUCCAUUCUUGCAGUGGUAAAAGGAAAACCCAGACUACCCAGCGUAACCGGGCUUAUUCACAGUAAUGUGAGCUAGUUGCAGUAAUUACGCCGCUAACAGAAAGACACUAUUCUGGACCCGCAGUUUAAUGAAGAUUCGAUUCAUAACAGCUGGACUGUUGGUUUUGCUCCUCAAAGGAAUCAAAUUGUCAAUUUUUGAUAAAAUUGAUUUUUAUUUAGCUAUUCAAUAAAGCAGUUAUUCUGCAGCGUUCGAUGAAGCGGCAGGAUCUGAAAAUCAUACCCAGGAGAUUUUUAUUUCAUGGAUUCCUGUUCGGAUUUACUGUUGUAAGAUCCAAACAAUGGUCCUGCCUUUUCCGAGGUUCUGACAAUUAAAAUUGGGUCAAUGAUCAAAUAAGUUUUGCUGAUUACUGGAUUAGUACCUGAGGGAUGUCAUUUGACAAAUUCACAGAAAUGGAGGAGAAACUACAUAUACUGGAGGAUCUCAACAUGAUUUACAUUCGACAGAUUGCCCUGAGUUUACAGGACAGUGACAUCCAGAAAAAAAUCGACUAUGAGAUCCGGAUGCGUGAUGGGGCAUGCAAGCUGCUGGCGGCCUGCUCCCAGAGGGACCAGGCGCUGGAGGCCUCCAAGAGUCUGCUGACCUGCAACGCCCGCAUUAUGGCCUACAUGUCGGAGCUGCAGCGCAUGAAGGAGGCGCAGGUCCUGCAGAGGGCAGUGCGCAGGUCAUCAGAUGGGGGCCCUAGACUUCCUUGCAAGGGAAAAGUGGCUAUCUCAGAUCUGCGGAUCCCACUCAUGUGGAAAGACACUGAAUACUUCAAAAACAAAGGAGGUGAGCUGGGAGUCAGACUAUUCUGUCUGCAGAAAGACGACCAGGGAUGUAUCAGCAAUGGUAGCAUAUCACAACGAUGGGAGUGUGAAUCUACUACAGCUGACCUCUUCAAUUCCCCUAAUGUGUCCACUGCUCCCAUAAAUCCCAUGAAAUACUACAGACUGCUUAUUGAUAAUUUCCCUAAUGUUUCUAAACUAGAUGCUUUGGCAGACUUUUAUAGAUACAUAUGCAUGGCAUAUACUAGAAGAGAGAUGUCAUUGUAUUCACAUCUUUCUUAUUUAGGCCAAUGGAAACAGUGCUGUGAUGAUGUAAUGAAGAUUGAGACUCCAUCACCAAGGAAACCUGCCAUCAUCACAGCUAAACAGCAAGGCUCUUUGUAUAAUGAGAUGGUUAUUGACACCUCAGGUGACAUUGGGAUGGUGACGGAUAUCUUGGCAAGGCGCCGCCAGUCGCUUCACCAGAGGACACAGUUGAGGGCGGCCCCUCACUGGAUGUGUGUUUUUGAGGAUCCUGCAGGUCAUCAUUCACCCCAGCGCCUGACUCAGCUCCGCAGCACCUCUGCUUGCCGUGGCUCGCUGUGGGACAGCGCCGGGCCCCGCACUGCCGGCCCCCGCACUGCCGGCCCCUCCUCCCCGCGCAGUUUGUCUGAACCCCUGGGUCGCUUUCGCUCCCGUACCUUUUCUCUGGACACCUGGCUCAGCAGCCGGAGCAGCCACACCUAUAACGGAGGGCUGAGAUGUGCAUUGCAGCCAUCCCUCUGCCCUUCCUCAUCCCUCUGCCCUUCCUCAUCCCUCACUCCUCAGACGGCCGUGUUCUGCUCCGCUUCCACCUCCAGCAGCAGCUCUAGUGAAGGAAGCUACAGUCUUGAUUUCGAAGGUGACUCCAUCUUUCGGCUCACGUCAGCCCGCCAUAGCCUGAGGAACCUGCGUGCUAAACUGGACCCCCGGAAUUGGCUACAGAGUCACAUUUAGUACCCCCACCCUCAGUCAAAGCACACUGCUCAUAUGGAUAAUCUGCCUGGAUGUAACUGGAACCGUGCUCCUAAGUCCUACAAUGCAAAAAAAAACUGACACUUGGAGUUCCUGUGUUUUGUUCUUCAAGGGAGUUAUGAUAGAAUUAAAUGAUCAAGUCAUGGUUUGGUGUUCGAAUGCAUGAAACUUUUAAAAUAUUUAAAUUCAAUAUCUGAAAAACCUGACAAGAAAAUGAUAACUGUCUAGCAUGUAAAGAUAAUGAAAGCACUGCAUUAAUCACUGAGGAAGUAGAAUAGUAUUAUUCCAUUUAAAAGAUCAGGUAAUUUUCCAUUGACAGCUUGCUUGCACAAAAUUUGCUCUUUACAUAGCUUUUUAAGCAACAUUCAGAAACUGUCACAUAUUAGUACAUUCGGAUAUUCAUGUAUCUCUUCUUUUGUACGUAACAUUGGGUGGUGCUGUGCUUUUCCGGAUGUAUCUGGGACAUAAGUGAAUGUUUAAUCACAACUUAGGCACUUGAAAUGAUAACUGAUCUAAGAAUCACCAUUACAUUAAUGUUUAUUUGUCUCAGUAAUGUCGUCAUGGAUACUGUAUAGCACAGGAUCUCUAUAUACCUCUUUAUCUCUUCAAAUAGCUUGCUUUCUCACUCUCUCUAAGAAACUAAGUACCCAGGGAGUUUUUUUGCAGGAAAACAAUGCAAUAUUUUUGUCAUCUAGUUCUAGUAAAUACAACUCUGGAAAAAAUUAAGACACCACAGCAUUUUUUUUGUUUUACUCAUUUAUAGGUGUGUGUCUGUGAAUAAUACAUAUAUUUUGCAAACUGCAGCCUGGUUCUUCUCUGUUUCUCAUUAAUGAAGGACUCCCGUCAUACUUUCUGAGACUUCUCUCUUGCUUUUAGGAGCCUCAUACAAACUCUCCUAGCAGUGCACGUCACACCUGCACUUAAUGUUUCCCAUUCCUUUUGAAGGUCACUUGAUGUCAUCUAGCGAUUCAUGAGAAACCGUCGAAUAAGUUAACAGUCAUCUCUGGCAUUAGAAUGUCACUUCCGCCCUCUA